CUCCCCUAACGAGUCAUAUGAUCAGUCGUUUCCGUCUUCUCGAUGCGCCGCUAACUUCUCCCCCAAACAGGCGAACAUGGCGGACUUGGAGGAGCGGCAGAACCUGUUGGGGGAUGAGGACGAGGGCUCGUGCACCGACCUGCCGGAGGCCAGAGGACCCGGCAGACCGAUGGCCGCCAUCUGCGACCCGAGCCGCCUCCUGCACCGAGUGGUGGUCCUGUUCUUCAUGUGCUUCCUGGGAUUCGGGAGCUACUUCUGUUAUGAUAAUCCAGCUGCACUUCAAACUGAAGUCAUCCAGGACCUGAACCUGAACACUGAAACCUUCAUGCAGCUGUACGCCUGGUACUCCUGGCCAAACGUGGUUCUCUGCUUCUUGGGGGGAUUUCUGCUUGACAGGGUUUUUGGGAUCAGACUGGGAACCAUCAUCUUUUCCCUCUUUGUCUGUGUCGGACAGGUUAUAUUUGCAGCUGGAGCUUUGUGGAAUCUUUUCUGGCUCAUGGAACUUGGACGUUUUGUAUUUGGCAUCGGAGGAGAGUCCUUGGCCGUGGCCCAAAACACAUACGCAGUCAACUGGUUUAAAGGCAAAGAGCUCAAUCUGGUGUUUGGUCUUCAGCUCAGCAUGGCUCGCCUGGGCAGCACAGUGAACAUGAACAUCAUGGGCUGGGUGUAUAACAGAGUUGCGCUUGCCGUCGGCUCAUCCGGACACACGGCAUUAGGCGUGUCGCUCAUGAUCGCUGCUGCAACCUGUGUGUUUUCUCUAACCUGUGCCUUGGUGUUGGCAUUUCUUGACAAGAGAGCUGAGAGGAUCCUGAAUAAGGAACAAGAGAAGACAGGUGAGGUGAUCAAGCUGACUGAUGUGAAAGAUUUCCCCGUCACCUUGUGGCUCAUCUUCAUCAUCUGUGUCGGUUACUAUGUAGCCAUUUUCCCUUUUAUUGGACUGGGACAGGUUUUCUUCAUCGAAAAAUUCAAUUUCUCUCCAUCCCAAGCCAGAGCUGUCAACAGCAUUGUUUACAUCAUCUCAGCACCUGCAUCUCCAGUUCUGGGCUUUAUUGUAGAUAAGACGGGGAGGAAUGUGGUUUGGGUAAUAACUGCAGUGAUUGCAACGCUCGCCGCUCACAUCAUGCUAGCUUUCACCUUCUGGAACCCGUGGAUUGCCAUGUCCCUGCUUGGAGCUUCCUACUCCUUACUGGCCUGUGCGCUGUGGCCCAUGGUGGCCUUUGUGGUGCCUGAACAUCAGCUGGGCACAGCGUAUGGCUUCAUGCAGUCCAUCCAGAACCUUGGCCUUGCUGUCAUUUCCAUUACAGCGGGGGCCAUCUUAGACUCCAGAGGAUACCUGGUUUUGGAAGUGUUUUUUUGCGCCUGUAUUUGCAUCGCCCUGAUGGCAGUAGUGAUGCUGUACUUUGUGGAUUAUAUCAAAGGUGGAGAUUUAAAUCGGUCAGCCGCAGCCAGAGCCAAACUUCAGAAAGAAGCCACUCCAGAUGCAGAGAGUAAGAAGAAGCCCAGUAAGGCGGUGCAGAGCGAGCGUGCCGGGCUGACGCCCAUGUCUGCUUUCAGUUUGCGGAACAGGUACCUCUCCAGGCUGGGAGCACAGCUCCCAGACCACUACUCUACCCAUCUGUCAUCACUCGCCCACAGGAGCGUUCUGAAAUAA